GUUUUGGUAACGGCAAGGAAGGACCUGUCAUUUACCCUGGUCCAGCUAAUUUCUAAUCUAAUCAGCUGUUUCCCGGCAAAAAAACAGCACUAAUUUAACAACAAAUGUAACUGUUUGGACACAGAGACAAAAUGGGAUUCACACGGAGUCGCUUUCUUGGCGGUAAGCCGUCGAAAGCGCCGCUGCUGCUGCCUUUUCUGCUCACAGUCCUGCUCGUCGGGAGCCAAGGCGACGGCGGUGCGAUGGACAACGGCGCAACUGAGAGGAUAGCAGAGGAAAGCCACCGACAGGACAGUGCCUACCUACUGAUAUUCAUAAUGCUCUUGACGCUCACCAUACUAACCAUAUGGCUUUUCAAACACCGCCGAUUCAGGUUCCUGCACGAAACAGGGCUUGCCAUGAUCUAUGGACUGUUGGUGGGUGUGAUCCUGCGGUUUGGCAUCCACGCCCCCCAAAGCAUGAGCGACGUGAUUCUCAGCUGUGCCGCUAACGGCAGUCCUGCCACUCUCUUGGUCAAUGUCAGCGGACGGUUCUAUGAGUACACUCUGAAGGGGGAAGUCGGACAGGGCAAAGGUCACCAAGUGCAGGACGAUGAGAUGCUGAGAAAGGUGACCUUUGACCCAGAGGUGUUUUUCAACAUUUUGCUGCCUCCCAUUAUUUUCCAUGCAGGUUACAGUCUGAAAAGGAGACACUUUUUCAGGAACAUCGGUUCUAUCCUCGCCUAUGCUUUCAUCGGAACAGUUAUAUCCUGCUUUGUUAUUGGACUGAUCAUGUAUGGCUUUGUGUCCUUCAUGAAAGUCGUGGGGCAGCUUGGUGGAGAUUUUUACUUUACUGAUUGCCUCUUCUUUGGGGCCAUCGUUUCAGCAACAGAUCCUGUGACAGUCCUCGCCAUCUUCAAUGAGCUAAAGGUAGACGUGGACCUCUACGCUUUACUGUUUGGGGAGAGCGUCCUCAACGAUGCCGUCGCCAUCGUCCUCUCCUCUGUUCUCCUCCGCUUCGAAAAGCUGGGAAGGCAUGGUGCUGGAGCUGUGCGCUCCGCAAGAAACGAGAGCUCACUGUUACCUGAGGUGUCCGAGGAAUGGCUGGGAGAAAACCAGACAGUGACUCCUCGUUCCAUUGUGGCGUACCAGCCUGCAGGCGACAACAGCCACAGCUUUGAGGCCAUGGCCAUGUUGAAGUCCUUCGGCGUCUUUCUGGGCGUCUUCAGCGGCUCUUUUGCUCUCGGUGUUGUUACAGGAGUUGUGACCGCCCUCGUCACCAAGUUUACUAAGCUGCGGGACUUCCCCUUGUUGGAGACGGCGCUCUUUUUCCUGAUGUCCUGGAGCACCUUUCUCUUGGCGGAGGCCUGCGGGUUCACAGGUGUCGUUGCUGUGCUGUUCUGUGGGAUCACUCAGGCCCACUACACCUACAAUAAUCUCUCACCAGACUCUCAAGACAGGACCAAACAGUUGUUUGAGCUGCUGAACUUCCUGGCAGAGAACUUUAUCUUCUCCUACAUGGGUCUGACGCUCUUCUCCUUCCAGUCGCACGUCUUCAACCCUCUCUUCAUUGUCGGAGCCUUCGUGGCAGUGUUUCUGGGCAGGGCUGCAAACAUCUACCCUCUGUCCUUCCUCCUCAACCUGGGCCGCAAGAACAAGAUCGGAUACAACUUUCAGCACGUUAUGAUGUUUGCAGGUCUGCGUGGGGCGAUGACCUUUGCACUUUCCAUUCGAGACACAGCGACUUAUGCCCGUCAGAUGAUGUUUUCAACCACACUCCUGAUCGUUUUCUUCACUGUGUGGAUCUGUGGUGGUGGCACCACACCCAUGCUAUCUUUCAUGAGCAUACCGGUGGGUGUGGACUCUGAUCAAGACAACGCUAAUUCAGGCGCGUUGGAUGGGUCACAGCGGAGGAGCACCAAACACGAGAGCGCCUGGCCUUUUAGGAUAUGGUACAACUUUGACCACAACUACCUGAAACCUCUCCUGACACACAGCGGUCCGCCUCUCACUGCUACUCUGCCUGCAUGCUGCGGACCACUGGCUCGAUGCCUCACCAGCCCACAGGCCUAUGAGAAUGAAGGUCAGCUCCAUGACGACGACUCUGACUUCAUCCUGAACGAUGCCAGCGUGAGCUCCAUGUACGCCGACGUCACCGUCAGCACGGACGCGUCCGGAUCCCGCACCGUCAACCCCAAGCACUCCUCGACCGCCCGCGCCGGGGGUGGUGUAGGUUCUUUCGAUGAAGGUCUGGAUCACGAGCUCUCCGUGGCAGAACACGAAGUGGCGAUCCGGGGAACGCGGCUGGUCUUGCCCAUGGAUGACCCCGUGGAGGCCCCGACUACCGUCACCCUGCCUCCACCACCCUCCCCCCCGCGCUCUGAACCUCACAGGCACAGACUGUAAGAAAGCUGCCGCUCUGAGGACACAGUUUGUUGUUUCCAACUUAAAAUAAAAAAAUACACACCAUACAUACGACUGAUCAAAAUAAUGACAUAUUUAAAAAAACAAAACAAAUGAAUUCUUUGGGAUUUUCAAUCAGAAAGCACAGAUUGAUUUUCUCACCACCAAUCCAUCUAACAUGCAGUUUUAAAAUAGUUUGAGCUUGAUUUAAGUCGGGAUAACUGUGACACUGAAUGUGACGUGAGGGACUUUUAAAUCAAGAGCUUCUCGAUUUUAUAGGUUACAUUUCACCCCGUAUGAGGAGGCUUCAUUUGCUCCUGUGUUUAUCCCACACUGGUGAUAUGGCAGCGCUCUCUAUAAACCUAGCUGUAUACACAGUUCACAUUUUUCCAGCUCCUUUUGUGUGUUUCUACCUAAAGAUAAGCACCACGCAUAACACUGAAGGGCGUUAAAGCCCAUCUACACUACAGUUUGGUAACUAAUCCCACUAACAUAUCCACAGACUGGCUCACUUUAACACUAGUUAUUGUUCCCAGAGUUCAUCAGCAGUUCAAGCAUGUGAUUAGGAGAUUAUCAAAGGAGGAAGCAAACAAAGACCUGAGCAGAACAAACAGGCAGGUACUGAUUAAAGAGAACGAACUGCAUCCACACCAGUGCCCAGGAGCAUCUCCACCAUCUUAGAUUUUAGCACUGCCUCUAAAUCAGUCUGUUUACGGUUUGAUUUAUUUAUUUAACAUUGAUUUCUUUAACAAAAUGAUUUAUUUAUAUGCUGAUUCAUUUAGUUUAUUUAUUAUCUAUUUAUUUGUAUUUUUGUGUAAGAUUUCUUUUUGGUGAAAGGCUCCUAUUGCGACUUUUUUCCGAGGGGUGGAGGGCGUAAUAGCGCUACAGAUUUCUUCACAGGUGGAGGCGAUUAUUCCUUCCUGGACUGUAUGCAUGUUUAAAAAAAUGUCUCCUUUCUGUACUGUAGCAGAAGCUGUAACUUUAUAUUUGGAAACUAGAGCUUCCCUGUGUGUGUAUUUUACGUGUGUGUGUGUGUGUGUGUGUGUGUGUGUGUGUGUGUAUGUGUGUGUGUGUGUGUGUGGCAGUCUGGCCAAGUAUACUGAUGUGGUUAUUAGGGCUAAUAUUAGUUUAUUUCUCGAUUUUCUGCCUCCAUCUGGUUGAGUUUAAAAAAACAAAACAAGCUUCUAUGUGUUUGUGAUGUCUCAUCAAAGAAAACUGACAGCUGGCUGAACUGUUAUGAAUUAAAGUGCCUAUUCAGAAGCUCAUUUACUUAAUGUAGAUUUGUACAUAUUUUGAUUUGCUAACAUGCAGUAAGGUGAUUUUUUAUUUUAUUUUUUAAUUUAAUUUAAUUUUUUUGUAUGAUGUAAAAUCUUUUCGACUGAUUAGGCCAUUCAUUGACUGCCUGUGGUGUAACUCAGUACAUUCGGUCCUAAAGAGCCCAAAAGAGUGCAAAUGAUAUAAUAAAUAAUGUUGUGCUUGCAUUAAUGGAUAGAAACACACAUAUUUUUCAAACGUAGGCAUUCUGUGAUCAAAGUUCCUAAGUGAAAUUUAUCAAAACGCUUAUGUGACAUGUGAAAAUGAAGUAACAAUGAGCGGAUUCUGAAUGUUGAGGGGACGUUACUCGAGCUCCCGGAUGGUGUUGUUCCCUUAUUUGGGAACCAGGCUCAUCAAAUAUGUUCUGACCUCACUGGGAGAUGUCUCCUCAGAUAAUCCACACCCUUGUUUGUGCUCACCAGGCACGUCUCACAUAGCUACAACUAUUUUGAUGCCUAAAGAGAAAGUCGGUCAAAAUUAGACCUCGUAAAAAAAAUACAUGGGUUUUAAUUGUGCCGAGCUCCAAAUGUGUUGUCUUUUUGAUCUUCGAGCAGUAUUGAGGUUUGAGAUUCUUACACAAAUGUGGACAUGCACCUCUUUGAAUAUUUGAAAUAUAAAAAUUUGCUUGUGGAAACUGUGUAUGUGAUUGUUACACCUGCAAUGGGUUGAUAAGUGGAUGUUUUAAAAAAUGUUGGAGAUUAUAAUUUCAGAUGAAAUUAAUUUUUUCCCUGUUUAGUCCUAAAGUUAUUAACAACAGUGUGUUUUCAGUCUGACAACUUGUGAGUUCUACUGAAAUUAAAUAAAAAUACUUUUAGUGAUAUUAAA